AUGAACUCGAUGCCCCUCAAGUUUACUCGACGAUAUAGAGGCGCGGCGACCACAAUUGAGAGGUGCGACGAGAUCGAAGUGGCCUUGAUGAACAUGCAAACGGCGGGGUACCUCGAGGCUGAAAGGGGACGACUAGAGGGUCAGGCCUACCUGGUCGAUUCAUGA